AUGUCGAGCACGCCGGAUGAUAAGCCCCAGCGGGCCACAGCGGCCCAGAUGGCCAACAGAAAAAUCAAACAAAUCAGCAGGCGGACGCGUCCGAACCUCGCGUCGUCCGCAACGUCUCAAUCACCUAGUCCCUUCAACUCGAUAAAUCCUAACGUCUCUGCAUCUUCGAACCCAGGGCUCUCAAACGGUUUUGCGUUUGGUCAGUCCCAGAGUUUCCCAGGUGCAGGUUCCAAUCCUACCCAGAACGGAAACCAGCCUAUCUCUUUUGGCUCAGGUGGUUCUGCAAGCUUUAAUUUCUCUGCUUCUUUCGACUCCAGUGCAGGUAUCAACAACCCGUUCGCUAACGGUACUGGAGGACAAAACCAGAAUCAGAAUACAUCUGGGUUUAGUGGCUUCAAAGGGAGUAUCUUUAACAUCCCACCCACUACCAGCCAAAGUCAGAACCAGCCAGCCCAAGCUGCACCGUCGGGCAACUUAUUUGGUUCCCAACCUUCUCAGAACACAGGAGCUGGUUUGUUCAGUACUCCUAGCAAUACUACGUCAACAUCCAGUUCCUCGAUCUUUCAAACUACUCCAGCAACCACCGGUGCUACUGGAAGCAUUUUUGGACAGUCUACCACUCAGACUUCCACUCCUUCAUUCAACCUAUUCAACACAGACACUUCUAAGACGACGUCGCUUUUCGGCCAAACCUCUUCCUCCACUGACACUCCGAAGAGUCAAAGCUUGUUUGGUACCGCUAGUGACACGAUGCAGAUCUCACCUGACGGGAAAGCCAAGACGGGCACUACUGCUCCUUCCUCGCCGUCUCUUUUUGGAGCUGCGCCGAACACCACCGGUUCUCCCGCCAAGUCUCUCUUCGGUACCACGAGCACUGAGAACAAAAGCCUCUUUUCAACCCCGCAGACUUCUUCCUCGCUGUUUGGUGCUAAACCUGCCACGUCGACUGACGCCAAUCCUAACGCUGGCAAGUCACUUUUUGAUCGGGUGACUAAGCCUACCGACACUCCUCAAGCAACUACCGCUCCAGCUGCCGCUAACACUCCCUUUGGCACUGGUACUCUUUUUGGCAAUGUUAGCAAGCCCAACGAUACUCCUCAAACCACUGCAGCUCCAUCUCCAGCCAACAAUCCUUUCAGUUCCCUUUUUGGUCAGACCAAGCCCGCUGAUACUCCUGCGACUACGGCUGCGACCACGGCUGCAACUCCAGCCAAACCAACCUUCAGUGCCGGAGCUUCUCUCUUUGGCCAAACCAAGACUGAUACUCCUGCCACUACAGCUGCGACUCCAGCAAACACUGCCUUCGGCUCCGGAAGUUCCCUCUUUGGUCAAACUAAGCCUUCCGAUACUCCAACUACUGCCGCUCCAGCUACUGCCAGUGCAACUUCUACUACCUUCUCCAGCUCCAUUUUUGGACAAACCACAAAGCCCAGUGAAGCUCCUCAAGCGGCUACGACUCCAACAACUCCAGCUAGCACUGGCUUUGGCGCUGGUGGUUCUCUUUUCGGUCGAGUCACAAAGCCUAGUGACACUCCCCAGACGACUGCUGCUCCAGCUUCCGCCAAUGCCACCCCUACUGUCUCCAGUCCCCUUUUUGGACAGACUACCAAGCCUAAUGAGCCUCCUCAAGCGACUACGGCUCCAAGUUCGGUCUUCAGUGCCGGAAGUUCACUCUUCGGACAAACUACUAAGCCUGAUGACACUCAGGCCAGGCCUUUCCAGUCCCUCUUCUCCGGUACAACGAAGACAGAGCCUGCGAAGCCAGCAUCUGAUACUCCUGCAAAGGAAGCCCCGAGCAGCCUUUUUGCUCCAAAACCCGAGCCAAAGCCUCUCACAGCACCAACUACAACCGCGGCUGCGCCAUCGCCGGAUAAGGAGGCAGUGCCGAAGCCAUCCUUUGCAACCAAAGGGCCGCGCAAACUCCCUCCUAACAUCAGCAAGGAGUUAGCGCAGAGUGUCGACAUGCAGUACAAGAUCCAGAUGUUGAACUACUCUUUCAAGCGCAAGAUCUCCGAGCUCGAUCCUGAAAAAGAUGAUUUUGAUGUCGUCUUGCUGUACUACUCGCGUGUUCGUAAGACACUUGGCAUUCCCAUCGGUUCACGUCUUACUGCACCUGGAAAACGCAAGGACCGGGACGAGGAAUCCGAUCGUACCGAUAUUGAGGAAUCUUCAUCGAAGAAAGCAAAGUCUGCUGAGCCCGCUGAAUUGUCUGCUGUGAACAAUGUGAACACUCAGCCAGCAACCACAUCUGCACUUUUCUCGUCCGGGAACCAGCAAAGUUCUACUAAUACGCCCAACAAACGCAAGGCGACUGAAGAUGCGGAUUCCAACGUUGACUCGGAUGUGCAGUCCAGCAAGCGCACAAGGAACACGACGGCCAGCUUAUUUGCGAGCUCCUUCUCUAAUUCCAAGGCACUUGACUCCAGUACGGAUUCAUUCCAGAAAACUGAGUCUCCGGCGUCUGGAUCCAAACCUACUUCCGUUACCGAGAAAGAUUCGGCACCAAGUCUUUUUAAGCCUUCCGCUUCUGAGUCCAGCAAUUCUAAUGUGUUCAAGCCUUCGCCGUCGUUUAGCUUCAAACCGCUUCCCUCGACCAGCACUUCGACCACUGGCCCGUCUUCCCCGGCGCUUACUACUGACAAGAACACCGACUCUCCAUCAAAGCCAGCUUUUGAGCCUCCCAAAUUUGGUCCUGGAAAUACGCCUAGUUUCCUCACCCAGUUCAGUAAACAAGCUACUAAUGAAGCAGACAAAGAGAAAGAAAAGCGCAAAGCUGAAGACUUUGGCUCAGACGAAGACAAUGCGCAGAAGCGUACUAAGUUCAGUGAUGGAAAAGGUCAUGACGCCGAGGGCCAGGAGUUUGGCAAGGCCGCCACUAGUGAUCCAGAACCUAAGCCGUUGAGUACGCCUGUGACAUCUAGCAGCUUGUUUGGUACUUCGUCUGCCUUCGGUUCCUCGGUUGAAGAUGGUUCAAAGAAAGCGGUCUCGUCGAUCUUUGAAAGCCAGCGCAGCACGCCUCCCGUAACGUCUAACAAUCUUUUUGGACAUCUGUCCGCUGCGAAUUCUUCCACCGAAGAUGCGGCUGAUGAAGACUCCGACGCUGAAACCGAAGCAGCACCUGCUGCACCCUCGACCUCAACUAGCACCGGUCGCAGCCUGUUCGACCGCAUUCAAUACGACGCUGAUGGAAAACCCGUUCGUGAAACAGGAACCCCUACUAGCGCCCCGCUGUCGUCCUCUCAGACUUCUUCUUCUACCCCGUUUUCGAGUCUGUUUUCGACCCAAUCUGGGGCUCCUGGCGGAGUAGCGGUAAAUCAACCAACAACCAAUCCAGCUACGACUUCUUCCGGUCCUGCUUCGAAUGAGGCUUCCGCUCCGGCUUCGAAUGAGGAUACGGCCGGGGAGGACACGGAUGGCCAGGACUACUCAAAUGACCCCCAGCCAUCAGGUUGGGAGACCCAGGGGGUUGGCCCUCUCCGGGUCCUGAAGAACCGAGAGGCAGGUCGCGCGCGCCUCGUUCUUCGGGCCGAUCCCAGUGGCAAGGUGGUUCUGAACACUGCCAUCCAGAAAGCCAUCGACUACAAGGUUGCGAAUAAUAGUAUUCAGUUCAUAGUCCCGCGGGCUGACGGUUCCGGCGUGGACCCUUGGGCGCUUCGCGUCAAGACGAAAGAGGAUGCCGCUGAAUUGGGCAAAGCUUUGGCGGAGGUCCAAGAGUCCUUACAGGGAUAA